AAUUUAACAUUAAAUUAAAUUCAUACAAAUUUCUCAAUUCCAAGAACCAUUUGAAUUCUGCCAUCUUCCCAUUUUUUGUUAUCAUCUUCUUCACCUUUAUAAAAGUUGAUUCAUUUUUGUUUCUUAAUCUACGUUUGCUUGGUGAAGUUCAACGGACUGAGAGUUUGAAGAGGUAACCAUGGGUAGAUGUCUUAGUCCGAUACUGCGUCGGGAGUUGGCAAAUCUUGACAAAGAUGCUGAUAGUCGUAAAUCAGCAAUGAAAGCCCUGAAGUCAUAUGUUAAAGACCUGGACUCUAAGGCAAUUCCUGUCUUUCUUGCCCAAGUCUCUGAAACCAAAGAAAAUGGAUGUGUGUCCGGGGAAUACACAAUUUCAUUAUAUGAAAUUCUUGCCCGUAAUCAUGGUGUCAAUAUAGUUCCUCAGAUAGACAGCAUUAUGGCGACUAUUCUCAAGACAUUGGCUUCAAGCGCAGGGUCUUUCCCUCUUCAACAGGCGUGCUCAAGGGUGGUUCCAGCAAUUGCGAGGUAUGGAAUGGAUCCAACCACCCCGGAGGAGAAAAAGAGGCAUAUAAUUCACUCUCUCUGCCAGCCUCUCUCGGAUGCUCUCUUGGGUUCACAAGAGGGCCUGACUGCAGGGGCUGCCCUUUGCUUGAAGGCUCUUGUGGACUCUGAUAAUUGGCGUUUUUGUUCAGAUGAGAUGGUGAAUAAGGUUUGCCAGAAUGUGGCUGCAGCUUUGGAGGAGAAUUUAACUCAGACCCAUUCACAUAUGGGCUUGGUUAUGGCUCUGGCAGAGCAUAAUGCAGUAAUUGUUGAAGCAUAUGCGAGAUUGCUAAUACAUUCUGGAUUGGGAAUUCUAAAUGCUGGUGCUGGGGAGGCCAAUUCUCAGAAACGGUUGUUGGCUAUACAAAUGAUGAACUUUUUGAUGAGAACGUUAGAUCACAGGAGUGUAUUCUCUGAACUCGAGUUGAUAAUUGAGGGAAUGGAGAAGUGUCAAUCUGAUCAGAUGGCUUAUGUUAGAGGGGCUUCUCUUGAAGCCUUGCAAACUGCAAAGAGAAUAGCUGCAUUUAAAGAGUUGAAGUCUGAUAAGGGUUCAGCUUCUGUUGCAGCAUCAAAUUUUGGGAGAAGAGACCAUAACUGUAGGAGAAAUGUGUUGCCUGUGGGUUAUAGAUCUCCAACACCCGUGUCACCUGAAUCACAAACCCUUGACUCUUUCGUGGAAUAUGAUUCGAUGGUUGAGUCACCAAUUUCUGUAACUCAGCAAUCUUGUGACACUGAAUAUGAUUGUAGGAGUGUGAGUCGGAAGCUCUGGUCUUUUGAGAAUGUAGGAGUGGAUGUAUCUCUGAAGGAUGGUUUGUUUUCGGAGACGGUUUUAGGAAGUCCUAUCUAUAGUAAUACGUAUUCUGAUCAUCAUGACCUUUCUGACAAUGGAGUAGAUUACAUGGAUAAAUUUGUGGGGUUCUAUCAGAGAAGCCCUCGAGACAGAGGAUCAAGAAGCACUACUCCAAGUCCACAGAGAUCUCGCUCUCUCAUUAAUGUUAAAAAUAUUAGCUUUUUCACAACUCCUAGGAAGCUCAUUCGAUCUCUUCAAGAUGUUGAUGUUAACUCAGACUUCUCUGAGAAACAGUCUAGAAAGUAUUUAAGUCCAGCCUCUGUCAAAUUUGAGCAGAGCCCUACUCCAAGAAGAAAAGGCUUUUCACGUGAAGUAUUCUAUGAUGACAAACCAUAUGGGAACUCAUGUACUGUAGUUGAGCAAGUUCAACGUGUCUCUGAAUCAGUGUCAUCAACAGAUGAUCUUGCUGGUGCUGACAUCCAAGUGGCUCAAGAGGUGGUUCCCGAAAAUAAAACCGAAAUGCAUAACUGCUGUUCUAAGAAAACUCAUCUGAAGACAGCUUCUAGAAUAGUAUUGGGCCUAUUCUUGUUUCUACUUGUAGUUUUUUCUUUGCUUAUGCGAAAUGAUGAUCAGAAUCAAGGCAAUCAUCUUGUACCAACUUAACUCAGCUAGUCAUAUGGCUGUACCAAAAUCUUUAGAUGUAAUUGAGUUAGGUUUAAAUAAGUCAAAACAUUUCUGAAAAGAAUUCAUCAUGGCAGUCUUUGGUAUUCUGAACAAUUUAUAGUAUUAAAUGAUCCAACCAUGAGUUGGUUGUCUA